GACAUCUCUGUGAAUGAAACCCAAUUUGAAGCACUGUGUAAUAUUGGUUCAGAACAAAAUCAUUGCAUCAGUAUUGGCUCUACCUCCGAACAAGACGACUCUGCGCCUUUUGACAUUUACAAUAACACUCGAAAUGUGAAUGAACAAGGCUAUGCACCUUUUGCCAUUUACAAUGAUAUCCGAAAUGGAUAUAUAAACAUCAUCGUUUUCACUCCGUCAAUAAUAUCAAAAAAAGAUAUUGAAAUUAUCCAUAGUGGCGAUCAUGAAAUCACUAUAAUGGCUAGGCUUCAAACUAUUAAU